AUGAAGGCAAUGGAAACCGAGCACAAACGCAUUGAAUACCUGAUCGAAUCUGUCAAAAAGAGAGACGAGAUCCUUGGGGACAGUUUGGGAGAGUUCUAUGACCACUUGAAAAUGCUGACACGAGCAAGAUUGUAUGACCUCUGUACAGAUUCACCAUUGACCCUCUGGGCGCGUCAUCCCGGCGCUACUCAAGCUUCCAGUCCAACCUUAACUGAGCCUUCCUCCUACGAGGGGACGGGGACUCCGUCAGCCCGCCACCUGAUUGAGCCAUUAUUCAAUAUUCUCGGGCAUGAUUUCCGAAUGGAUCACAACGGUGCUCGUAGGUCAAAGAUCCCCAGGUUGAGAGAAACCGUCGAUUCAGUUGCCUCCCAGGACGAAGCGUUAACUAGGAGUUCGCGGACUCUGGGAACGUUCACCUGCAAAAAUGACAAUCAAGAGGGCAUCCUAAAGAGGAAAAACGAAGACAGAGAGGUUAAUUUACAUGGGGAACCACUUCGUAUGAUUCAGUAUAUGGUUUCUCCUUUGGAUGGCUUGUGGGUGAGAUUAGAAUCCUUCGUGCUUUGGGGCUUGACAAAUUCGCAUGUCGAGGACCCCUUGUUCGAAAAGUGGUACGCGGCUCGCCAUUCGCAAUUGUGGUACGAGACCUUGGGACUCGCCAUUACUCGUGAAGAUAUCAAGAGUUUGGAUUUGUCCAAGAAAAACUGGGUCAUGCGGAAUUAUGUGGAAGCUGUGUUUCGUCUAGCGGAGUACAUCAGGAAUUACGACCUACUGCCACCGAACUUCACCUCAAAAGUGAAAAUUUUUGAGCCAAGUAAUCUUGUGCUGGCGAUCAAGUGUUACGCCACUGAACCAUCGCCAUUUGGAAACCAGCUAAUGGAGAUCCUCAUGUGGAAACCUCGCGGAUUCGUCCCAGGGCCAGAAUUUUUGAGAACACAUGAAUUCUUUGAGCCUUUUCACAGACCCAUGAGAGAGAAACUUGCAAGUGACACAAAUGCGGCAGAAAAACUUCCGGAUUGUCAACGAUUUAUGAGGAUUCGUGAAGGAUUUUGUGAAGAAGAAGAAUUUCUCAAAAUCGCAGACAACCUUCACUCAAUGUUGAGGAGCCCCAGCGCCAUGGCUGGAAUUGGAAAAUCGGAGGAGAUUAGAAAUCACAAAAUUGUUUCCACCAUACAAGAAAUUUUUAAAUGCUUUGAUGAACCUGCAAGUAUGCAGGGUGAAUUUCAUGAACAUCAAUUCCUCAACAUUUACUACAUGGUACAUUUUUUGAAUACCUACUACAAGCCAUUAGUAGAUGAAUCCAUCAAAACCAUAGGAAUCAACAUCCUCAUCCUCGAAGAAAAGAUAAAAUAUAUGAUAAAAGUCCCCCCAUACACAUUAUAG